CUCUCACAUUUCAAAGCCCUGCCAGAACCCCGGCGCACCUCGCUGCGUCCGCAUCAAUGGCCGGUUCCUGGGCCGGCGCGAGUCAUCUUCGUCUCCCUCCUCCAUCUCCGAGCUCUCGCCCCGACCAUCAUCUCAUUAUCCCCAAGUCCUACUCCAGCACCUCCCGCGGUCCGCCCCGGCGCGCGCUCCUCCGCCCCCCGCCCCCGCACCGCCGCCCUCCGCCGCCGCUCCGGUUCCGACCCGAGAGGCUCCGCAUUUCGCCGAAAGCCGCUGAAUUCAACUCGCCCUUUAUCCCCCCGGAUGGCGACAGGCAUGAACCCCGCGUCUUGCUCUCGCCCGCCUCGAAGUCCCUCAAGUUCUUGUCUGAAAAGCUGGUGAUUUGUCUUCUGGGGUCGCUCGUUUUCGUGGGGUUUGUCCGUUCGAAGCCGAGCUUCGCGAUACCUGCUCAGGCGAGCGAGUCGGGUCCCCAGACGGGUGAGGCCCAGAAGGAGGAAAGUGUAGAGGGGGAGGAGGAGGAGCGGGAGGAGGAGAUGAGCGAGAGGCUCCUGGAGACGGACCCGACGAAUGUGGAGGCGUUGAAGGUGGUCUUGUAUGGGAAGAUGAGGAGAGGGAAGACCAAGGAAGCUGUGAAGUAUGUGCAGAGGUUGGUGGAUGUGGAGCCGGACGAGGUUGAGUGGAGGCUUCUGCUUGCUCUGUUUCACGAGACACUGGGUCAGCUCAGCACUGCGAAGAGGCUGUUCAGGGAAAUCUUGGAAGAGACGCCUCUUCUGCUCAGGGCCUUGCACGGCCUGGCCAUGGCGAUGCAUAAGAACCAAGAAGGGCCGGCUGUCUUUGAGAUGCUAAAUGAGGCUCUUGAAUUAGCCCGUCGGGAAAAAAGAGUCACUGAAGAGCGAAAUAUCAGGAUUUUGAUUGCUCAAAUGCAUGUCGUAGAGGGGGACCUGAAUGCGGGGUUGAAAGAUUUUCAAGAUCUAGUUAAUGAAAAUCCUCGAGAUUUUCGGCCUUAUCUUUGUCAGGGGAUAAUAUAUAGUCUGUUGGACAAGAAGAAGGAAGCCCAAGAACAAUUCGAGACGUAUCGAAGCCUUGUACCCGAGGAAUUUCCGCAAAGAGGAUUUCUCGAUGAUGUCGUUUUGGCAGCAAAAUCAACAACGUGGGAACAACUUCAGAAGGAGUUCAAAGCUGACGUUAGGAACUGAAAGAUCAGCCGGUAGAAUUUGACAUUAUCAGCACAUAUAUUCGGUUACAAACAUCAAACAGAGAGUUGAAAUUAGCUUCCUUAGGGCAAUAUAUAGAACUAGUCCACAUCCAACUAAAAUGGCCAGAGAUUACAUAAGGUUAAGGGAGUGGAAGCUAGGUUUUUCUUUUUCACUGAAAAAGAAACAAAAAAUGCAAAGGUGGAUUGGAACAAUGCUGGUCAUUGUAGUCUACUGUCAAAAUUCCAUGCAUUGCCGCAACGGCUUUUAUGGAUGGAAUACUACAGAUUCUUCAUUUUUUAA